AUGGAAAGCCCCUACAGGUCCCAGGAGACAGUGACCCAGCUUCUGCAGGACUGGCAUGAAACUAUGGACCGCCAAGGACAGCUUUUGAUUCUGAUGGACGCUCUCCAAAAGCUGCAGAAAAAGGCGAAUGCUUACACAAGCAAGGCAGCGUUAAGUGGAGAUUCCCAGACUGUUACUCUGCAGGUGAAGGAGGCAGAGAGGGAAGCUGAGUUGAUACAACAGGCUGUGACGGCGGUGAGAGGGACGAUGGAGAGAGUGGCGUCUGAGUGGGAGACUUACAACGACUGCAUGACUUCUCUGCAGACAUGGCUGACACAGCAGAGAGACGUGAUGCAUGAUCAGGAUAUGAGUAAGUGGACAUCGUGUCAGGCCAGGUUAAAUGAGGCGGGGAACUUUCUCAUCGAAGUGACAGAUUCUUCAGCCAGCCUCGCUCUGACAGAGCAACUCAGAAAGAUCAACAUGCAGUGGGCUGGAUGUGUGAAGAGGACGAAGUUUGGUGUAUCCUCAGAGUCCAGUGUAGGCCCUCUGUGUCUUCAAACGGUGCCUUCACUGACCCAGGAGGCCAGCUUUCUACUAAAUCAGCCACUGGAGGUGUCCUCAGUCCCACUGAAGGCUAAACAACAGAAGCUACAGCUGAUCAGCAAAAAGAUGACUGAGGUGGACCUCUCCUCUCUCAGUCCGUCCACAGACUUCACACCCCCACAGGUGCUUGCUGAAGCAGAGAGGACCUGUGGAGAGCUGCAGAGGGCUGCAUCCAGGCUGGAGGGCCGUCUGGCAGAACUGAACCACUGGAGCACCGAGACCCUGGACUGCUACCAACAACUAAAGGAGAGAAAACACAAAGGACGUCCUGCGCUGCAAUCUACAGCCAAAGCUCUGAUCUCUCGAGGCUCGCAGCUGGAAAACCAGGUUGUAACUGAGGGGCAGGAUCUGCAGGUCCUUGUGGCUCAGGUACAGAAAACCUCUCCUCUGCAGCACCUCAGCACCUCUGACAUGCAGGACAGGAUCUCAGAGGCGGUUAACCACUGCCAGGAGAUUCUUGGCAUGUUUAGCUCGCUUGGAUUCCAGCGACCUGUUGGAGCAGCCAAUCAGACACAGAAGCAGCCAGAGCCAGGGGCCAUUGUUGUGGCCAGAACCAAACAUGUGGACAAGAUUGGGAAUGUUUCCGUUCAAACCCACAUCCCAAAUCAGUUUCUAGCAGAGUUUCCAUCUCAGUUGCCUCGACAAAGAGCGAAAGAUCUCCAGCAGAUUGUUAUGCAGGAUGAACCGACCAUUGUCAUACCCCGAGUCCAAAUACUGCCUCAGCCUUUAAGAGAACCAGUACCACAAAUUCACUCUCCUCUCACUCCAACUAGAAAAGAUACUGAAUCCCAUCCUAUGAUUCAGCCUCAGUCAUUUCCCCAAACCUUCAAUCAGGCUCCAAGUCCAAGUUUUUCUGAACUUGUAACAAGUACAGUCUCCAAGGAAAAAGAAAGCCCACACACUUUACAAACCAACAAAUCAAAAUCCAGAUCUGUAAGCAAACCGAAGACUCCACAGACAGAGAAAAAACCUCCUCUUCCACCAGCCAUGGACCGCAGUGAGGUUCAUUCAAAAGCCCAGUCAAUGGCAAAGAGCCGACUGCUGAAGGCCAGGUUUCACCUGCAAGGACGCAUCCAGCAAGCCAUCAACUUAUUUGGAGGCAGAGACAUUUCAGACACACAAGCCAAGAGGAAACAGAAAGCUUUAAAAGUUCUUCAGCCUGCCGUCCUCGAGGAGUUCCUGGGUGCAGUGGAGGGUUUUGGGGCCUUUUGCACGGGGUCCCAACUCCAGGAAGUGAGCCGCCUUUCUGACUCGGUCAGGAAACAGUGGGAGGAUGUACGCAGAGAAAUUGCUGCUUUUGUUCCCGUCUUGCGGUCUCACAUCAGAGCGGGAGAGCAUUCAUUUUCUGUUGUGCAAUGUGAAACGCAAACUAACAAUCUGCAUGAAGCGACUGACCAGACUGACCGUGGCUCUGUGCUGCAACAGCGACAGGCCGUCACAGAUGAAGACGCAUCUGUGGAGGAACGAGCUGAAUCCCUGCAGGAGCUGUGUGACACGCUAACACCAGGAGAAUCGUCCCUAACAACAGACCCACUGAGGGAGUCAGAGGAAGUGCAGGAGACACAACCCAGUGACACAAUGCUCCAAUCUGACCAGUAAGAUCCUGCUACAGACAAGCACUAUGAGAUGUUGCAUACAAUUCUUUCAUAUACAACUGUAUGAUUUUGAUUUGUAUG